AUGGUCGAAUAUCCCGGAGAGUUGUAUGAGCACGAGGCUUUGCCAACCCCGUCGUCGUUUAGAGUACUGGAACUUCUACCCGGCGUGGAAGGCGAUCCAAUUUCUUGUCUCUUGCGCACUGCACAUUGGGCCGACUUACCGGUUUACGAAGCUAUAUCUUAUGCUUGGGGCGAUCCAAAUGCCAAGGUUCCGGUCAUCGUUGAUGGGAAGAGGCUCGAUGUGACCGCGAAUCUUCAGACAGGGUUGAAGCAUUUUCGAUACCCAGAUUGCUCUAGAGUGAUGUGGGUCGAUGCUAUCUGUAUCAAUCAAAAAGACAUCCCUGAACGAGGCACUCAAGUCGCCCAAAUGCGAAAGAUCUAUCAAAAUGCCAAGACCGUCCUGAUAUGGGUUGGGCCCGAUUCCAAGGACCACCAAGCAAGAGUUGCAAUAGAUUCCAUCCUCACAAUAUCAGACUUCUUGUGCCAGAAGCUUGGAAUACCAGUCUCAGAACUCGGGUCAGCGGACAAUCUUUACCAAGAAAUUAUGGCCAAAGCCGGCGAUGUUCUUCCUGUUCCAAAUGAAUGCGAUUUCAGCACCGAAGCCAUGUGGAAGUCCCUGGUCUGGUUCUACAAACAUCCGUACUUCACUCGGGUCUGGGCGAUCCAGGAAGUGAAUGCCAACAAAGAGCGCUUACUUCAUUGUGGCCUUGAGAAGGUCAUGUGGGAUCGAGUCAGUCUGGUGGCUUGCUACAUCACAAUGGAAACUGCAUUCUCAAAAGCGUUUGGCUUCUCAAAUGCAUAUUGUUGGUGGGCAGCAACUGUGACGACAGAUCUAGUACAGCCAAGGAACUGGCUUCUGAUGUUAUACCUUGCAUCCAACUUCUCCUGCUUGGAUCCAAGAGAUGUGAUAUAUGGUCUGCGGGGCAUGAUGAAGAUUGAGAAGGGAGCUGAGUUGUUGGCGCCUGAUUACAGCAAGUCAGUAGAAGAAGUUUAUCGGGACUCGGUCGAAGCAGCCCUCGUGAAUUUCGACAAAACAGACGUUUUGCUCUAUGUUCAAGGCACCGAGGAUCCUUCUUGGGUACCACGAUGGGAGAUACCGAUGCUGUUCCGGAACCCUUUCCGGUUUGGCAAGCCACUGCCAUGGAGACCCGCUGGUGAGACAAGUCCUACGUGGGAAAUCGACAAGGAAUCAAGCAUUCUAUCUCUUUCUGGGUUCAUUGUUGGUCCGAUCAAGUUUAUCGAACCUUACAACGAAAGUUGCUUUGGCAAUUCAAUGACCGAAUCAGACAAGGGACGACAGACAUUGAAAGAAACUUGGCAGAGUAUACUUGGGACAAUGCGAAAAAGUCUAUUACACGUCCCUUUCAGUGCCGACGAACUCACCACCGCUGCAACAUCGUUCUCCUUCGGUCUCAACGAGAAGAGUGAUCCCGCAGACGAGCAUCUUUUACUCCACAGGUUUGUCGCAUACUUGAAAAUCGCGCUUGAUGAAGAAACAUACAACAUGUACGUACCUGCCGAGGUGUCCGACGAUUCCAAAAAUGCCGAUGGAACUUUAUUCGGAAAACCGGUCUGGGACUUCAAAUACCCCGAAUCGAGCUUCUUCAUCACUGAAGACAAAUAUAUGGGCUGUUUGAUCUCAUCAGCCAGACCGGGAGAUGUGGUGUAUGUUGCGCGGGGAAGCACGUAUCCUCUAGUUUUGCGCCCAGAUGGCGAGGAGUUUCGGAUUAGGGGCUUCGCGUAUGUUCACGGAUUGAUGCAUGCGGAGAAACAGGGUUUGGGAGAGAAGGUUUUCAAGAUUCGUUGA